CGGAAUGAGCAGGAGACCAUCACCGAGGCAAGUGCACGCAGACGCCGAUACACCUGUCAAACAAGAGCUUUCACUAGCUCCUCGUCUGACAGCGAAACGUGGUUAUAUUUGGACCGGAAAGCUUGGCUGGGCUUGUCGUCUUGUUUCCAAGUUUCCCUUUUAUUCUGAAAUAAUUUUUCGCGUCAACAACGACCUCUCUUCUUCAGCACGGCAUUCCAGUUCAGGUGUUAGGUCACCCAUCAGUCGGCCGUUUUUGCUCGCUUGUUUUUGAAUAGCAAGUAUUCAUAUUGACAAUGUGAGGCACGCGCUUCCUUCACUGAAUGCAGGAAGAAAAUAUGGAUUAAUUUCUACCAGUUUUCCCAUUUUGGUUGUCAUAUUCGCCGUCGCGCAGAGGACCGGACUAGGAUGGAGAAAUAGCGGCACGUGGGCAUCGCGUAAUUGUGCUAUAUUUGAAAGCAUUUUUAUUAUUCACCCUAUUUUUACGAGAUUGUCACAUAUCCUCGAGGCAGGCUGUCAACUGCCGACAAGUUCAUACUGCAACGCGAGCCUCCUGAGAUGUAGGUUCGCUCAUCAUCCUGAGGAAGCCAGGCAAAUAAAGACUUAUUUUACUUCUUGAACGUAGAGAUGUUGACAUAAAACGGAGUGUAUUCGUUAUGGUCGUAGAUAUUCUUCUUUUCAACACCGAAUGGUGUAUAUCGCAUGCCGUGUAAAAUUGACAUAUUUGCGCUGGUGGUGUUAUAUCGUGAAAUCCCACAAUAUCAUCAGGACAUUAUAUUUAAUUGGAAUGGUAAAGAUGAUAUUGUUUCGGAAAUUUCGUGUUCUCAUCCUCAUGGUCUUUCUGGUGGCGUGCACCAUGCACAUCAUGAUAGACUUGCUGCCGAAGCUGGAGAAACGGGCGGCAGGAGCGAACUCUGGCACGGGAGGUUGCUCGUGCUCCCAUAAUCCCAGCGAAGAACCACGGAAUUGGGCUAAGCAACAAGCGAGGUCUGGACCGGAGGCUGGUUGGCCUAACAAACACACUUUGAGGAUUUUGCAAGAUUUCAGCAACGAGCCAAGUUCCAAUCUCACCUCUCACUCGCUGGAAAAGGUCACCGGCGCAGACAAAGCCGAUUCUGUGAAGCGGGUCCCCGGGAACUCCGAGAGUCAGAAACCCCUCAUCAAGGAUCCCGGCGCAGGGAAGAAAGCAAGUGCAACCGGCUUCUCACGCCUGGCAGCGCUGUACGACCACCCUUUGUACAAGAUUGACCUGCCCUCGCUCUCCGACGAUGACACUUUGUUCAGUGUCAACACUGACAUCCGACUGUACCCCAAAGUCGCCGGUAACCCUGAAUGGCAUAACGAGGCCAAUGCGGAGGUGGAGGAGUACAGUCCCACGGGGGGCGUGGCGGCCGAGUCCUACCCCAACUGGCUGCGCUUCCACGUGGGCAUCAACCGCUAUGAGCUGUACGGGCGCCACAACCCCGUCAUCGAAGCCCUGCUCAAGGACCUGGUCUCCCAGAGCAUCACCAGCGUGGCCAUGAAGUCAGGUGGGACCCAGCUGAAGCUCAUCAUGACCUUCCACAACUAUGGACAAGCCCUCUUCAAACCCAUGAAGCAGACGAGGGAACAGGAGACCCCUCCAGACUUUUUCUACUUCUCCGACUUUGAGAGACAUAAUGCCGAGAUAGCAGCCUUUCACCUGGACAGGAUCCUGGACUUCCGGCGAGUUCCACCAGUGGCUGGGCGUCUCGUCAACAUGACACGGGAGAUCCGCGACGUGACCCGUGACAAGAAGCUGUGGAGGACCUUCUUCGUGUCCCCAGCCAACAACAUCUGUUUCUAUGGCGAGUGCUCGUACUACUGCUCCACUGAGCAUGCUCUGUGUGGUAAGCCGGACCAGAUCGAGGGCUCCCUGGCCGCCUUCCUGCCGGACCUCACGCUGGCCAAGCGCAAGACCUGGAGGAACCCCUGGCGGAGGUCCUACCACAAGCGCAAGAAGGCAGAGUGGGAAGUGGACCCUGACUAUUGUGACGAGGUGAAGCAGACGCCUCCGUACGACCAAGGCACUCGCCUCCUAGAUGUCAUGGACAUGACCAUCUUCGACUUCCUAAUGGGUAACAUGGAUCGCCACCACUACGAGACUUUCGAGAAGUUUGGCAACGACACGUUCAUCAUCCACCUGGACAACGGCAGAGGGUUCGGGAAGCACUCCCACGAUGAGCUCUCCAUCCUGGUUCCUCUAAGUCAGUGCUGCAGAGUGAAGCGCUCCACCUACCUGCGUCUGCAGCUGCUGGCCAAGGAGGAGUUCCAGCUGAGCCGGCUGAUGGAGGAGUCCCUGCUGCGCGACCGGCUGAACCCCGUGCUGAUCCGGCCCCACCUGGAGGCCCUGGACCGCCGGCUGCGCGUGGUGCUGAAGGUGCUGUCCGACUGCGUGGAGAAGGAGGGCUUCGCCGGCGUGGUGGAGGACGACCUGGAGCAGGGGCAGGGGCAGGGCGGGCACCACCACCACACCAACACCAACACCAGGGCGGGCGCGCCGCCGCACCACCACCAGCCCGGCAGCAGGGGGAGGUAGUGAGGUCACCGCUGGAGAGGAGAGGAGAGGAGGGGACCAUGGGGGGAGGAUGGAUGGAGGACACCACAGCUGGGUCGGGUCAGGACUGGACCGGACCGGUCGGGCUGAGCCCAAAGGAUACUGAUCUACGUACAAAGGCUGUGUGUGGAGCAUGACGGUGGACCAGAUAUUGAACCCUCGCCAUAGUUGUACACACGCCUCCAACCACACACCACCUUCUACUGUAUCUCAAGAGCCCCCUACACACUGACCGCUCGCUGCAUGGGUGGGUGGGUGUCAGAGGAGAAGGCUUUGUUGCUUUAGCUGA